UUCAAUCUGAAUUGUAGCCGAAAAAGAAAUGUCUUGGUCAGCGUCUGGCUUUUCCGCCAAAUUCAUUUACCUUGCAUUAUUUAUGUAUUUUUUUAAUAUAUAUUUAUGGAAAAUUGGGAAUGAAUGUAAUUGAUGGCCAAUUAUAUAUCUAUACAUGCAUGUUUGUAUAUUAAGUUGAUCUUGUAAAGUGUUGAUUUCAAUUUGGAAGAUGGGUAGUAUAUUGGAGGUAAAAUUAAUUCAUCAUAUAUGCUUAGUGCUGCUUUUGCUAUGGUUACUCAAUUCUGUCAACUGUUGCCACCCAGUUGCCUACAUUCUUUCCCUCGUCUAUCUCUAUCAUGUCCAUGAGCGGUAUGUGAUGAGAUUGAGAGGCAAAGUGCGGUUUGAGGACAGAAGACAAUCCAAUCAAAAACGGGUGCUUUCACAAUUUGAGACAGUGAGGUGGUUGAACUAUGCUAUUGAAAAAAUCUGGCUUGUCUGCGUGGAACAGAUCGUUUCUCAGAAAAUUCUUCUCCCUAUUGUUCCAUGGUUCCUGCAAAAAUAUAAACCUUGGAUAGUGAAUGAUGCUGUUGUUCAGCAUUUGUACUUGGGAAGAUCCCCACCUAUAUUCACCGAAAUGAGGGUGCUUCGAGAAUCCAAUGGAGACGAUCACUUGGUGUUGGAAUUGGGAAUGAAUUUUCUUACUGCAGAUGAUAUGAGUGCGAAACUUGCCCUGACAGUGAAGAAAAGAUUGGGUUUAGGAAUGUGUGCAGCAUUGCAUUUGUUAGGCAUGCAUGUUGAAGGAAAGGUAUUGAUUGGGGUGAAGUUCAUUAGCAAGUGGCCCUUUCUUGGGCGUCUGCGUGUAUGCUUUGCUGAGCCACCAUAUUUUCAGAUGAAUGCAAAGCCAAUAUUCUCUCAUGGGUUUGAUGUUACAGAACUUCCUGGGAUAGCUGGAUGGCUAGAUAAUCUUCUGGCCCUUGCCUUCGAGCAAACUCUAGUGCAGCCCAAUAUGCUGGUGGUUGAUGUUGAGAAAUUCACUUCACCUCAGCAAGAAAAUUUUUCCUCGUUUGAUGCUGAGGAGCCUGUUGCUUAUGCUAUAGUGGAAAUUCUUGAAGCAGCUGACAUGAAGCCAUCAGAAUUAAAUGGAUGGGCUGUUCCAUAUGUGAAGGGACAACUUGGCCCUUAUAGAUUUCAUACUAAGCCUCAGAAGGAAAGUUUGGCUCCGCAAUGGCAUGAGGAAUUCGAGAUCCCUAUCAAUACAUGGGAUUCACCAAAUGUGCUCAUCAUCGAAGUUCGUGACGAGGACCAUUUUGUUGAUGACGUAUUGGGAGAUUGUUCUGUAACAAUCAACGAUCUUAGGGAUGGCAAGAGGCAUGACAUGUGGCUGUUCCUUGAGAACGUAAAUAAUGGAAGAUUGCAUCUUGCAGUAACUGUGUCUGCGCGCACUGCAAAGAGAACAGUUACGGAUGAGUUUGAGCCAAUUGAUAUCAAAGGGCGACAGGAUACUGGGAUUUGGAUUCAUCAUCCACGUCGAGAGGUUGUACCAAUGUGUGAGCAACGGAAGGGUAAGAGCCAGCACCUUGAAAUUCAUCACCUUGAGGGUCGCCAACUUCAGAAUGAGGGUGCUGAUCCAAUUGGCUCUCCACCAUUGACCUUCAGUCCAAAUGGCAGUAGCAGCACUGAUGGAAGUGUGGAUGCUAAUAAACCUCUGUCAACGAAUUCAAUUUGGAAGGGUUUACGAAAGCUCAGGUUGGUGUUUCACAGGGGUACAAGAACCACGGACAAAUCCAAUUGUCUUGUUGAGCCUGAACUGUCUCCACCCGAUAAUUUUAACGCGUUGAAUAACAAGGAAAUUGACACGAAAUUGAUACUAGAGGAUACCAUUGCUGCUCCAUAUUCUGCAGAGACGCAAAAAGAUGAUGAGAAAGAGAAUGGAAAAAGCUUAAUGUAUGACCUUCCGCGGAAAGAAUCUGGGCAGUUUAAAGCCGAAUACAGAUCAACUCCAUCAGAUAAUGACACUGCUUCGCUGUGUGACUCUUCCAAUUACUCAUCUCCUCCAUCAGCAACAGAUGUCCCACUUGAGGUUACAGAAUCAGUCGUUUCUAGUGCAGCAUCUCAUUGUGGAAAUAACUCUUUCAAGUCCAAGGACGAUAUCAAUCAGACAGAGGAGGCCUUCUCUGGUACUAGUUCAAAAUGAGCUGCAGUAAAUGAUACGGAACAGGUAACCAGAGUCAUUCCAGAAGAUUCUGAGAGCGAUGGACUGAUAACUAAUCUGAAGUAGUCUCUGCUUGUUGUGCACUUUUUAGCAGAUUCUAAAUUCUACACAACAUAUUCAAGCAGAAGCUUUUACUUUUGGAGAAGCAUGUGCAGUAUUUGUAAACUUUGCUCAUAAGUUUGUUAAUUAUAGAGUUUGGGGAUGUUUAUUUCUUAAGUACUAUCUAACUGUGUUUCUUUGGGAAGAGGUGAAAUUAGUGUGCUCUCUCGACAAGAGUUCACUAUUAUGGCUAUCUAAUAGUGAUUUCAUUGCCGAGAAACUCGAAAGCAUCUAAAUGAUGUCAACUAGGUAUGGCUUUUUUCUUGUA